AUGUCCGACGUCGAAACUUCCUCACCCAAGAGCUUCUCGGCUCGCCGGCCCAGCUUCAGUUCAAUUCGUUCGCGCUUGCGCAAGCCCAGUCUCAAGAGCGGCAAGAGAAGCUCUGUGCUAGUUCAUGAUGGCAAGAGAAGCUCUGUGCUAGUGAAUGACAGCAAGAGAAGCUCUGUGCUAGUGGAUGACGGCGCUACCCUGCUCGGUCUCGACGGCGACAACAAUCAGGAGCGCAACAAGCGCUUCUCUUCAGCAUCGGAUCAGUCCAUCCCACCAGUUCCACCAGUUCCACCUCUUCCACCACGCCCACACAAUGCCAACAGCAUCGGCACCAAUGUCAACGACAACAACCUUGCAUACCUUCAAGCUAGUUCAUCUCGAACAGCGGCAAAUGCCUCAUACGUCGACGAGCGCGCUACCAACAAGCGUAAUUCGGUCAUCAGCACAGCCUCCUCAUCCAAUGCCGGUCCAUCACCAGACGAUGAUGUAUCAGCCUUGGCACAGGCCUCGCUCGGCAUGACAUUAGGCGCUCACAAGUUCCAGUUGGCUCGUCAGAUGACUGGCGGCCGAUUUGAUCCGCAAGAAGCCUUCAAGGAGACCAUCCCCAUGACCAUGUUCUUCUUUGGCGGCACCCUCGUCGCUGCACUCGUCCUUGCAAGAUACAGCAUCGUCGCUGCAGCCUUGAUCUCGGGAACGAGUGGUCACAUACUUUACAAGAGGCUGACGGCGCGAGGCGAUGACGCAAAAUGGGCGCUCGAGAUGGAGGCGGCAGCAAAGCAAUCACUGUUGCCAGGCGCCGGAGAAGAGUCGGUCGAAUGGCUCAACAAGGCGCUAGCAACAGCAUGGCCUCUCAUCAAUGCAGACUACUUUGCUCCUUUCAUCGAUCUCCUCGAGGAUAGCCUAAUGACUCAGGUGCCUGGUGUAGUCCACAACGUCAGAGUCGAAGACAUGGACCAGGGUUCCAUCCCGUUGCGCGUCAAGAGUUUCCGCGUCCUUCCCUCUGGCGAGAGGGCUUUUCUUCAAGGUGCGGUAGUGCAAGCACGAAAGGAUGCUGGCCUUCCUCAACCCGAAGCGCCCGGCUCUGUCGCUGCUGACAGCGAGGACGAUGAAGCUGGCGUCGAUGUCGGCGACUAUGUCAACCUCGAGGUCGCCUUUGCGUACCGCGGCGCCACUACUAAGAAGGGCUUCUUCCGAUCCACAACCAACAACAGCGCAGGUCCGAUCAACACCUCAGGUCCCCUAGCAGCUGGCGAGGAGAAGCAGCUGGAGGCAGAUUCCGAAGACGACUUUGAUCAGCUCAAGGACGUGCCAACGGAGAGGAUCCACAUGCUGCUCUACCUCGGUGUCGGUCUGCAAAAGAUUGCUGCCGUUGACAUUCCUGUCUGGAUCGAAAUGGUGGGCAUCGAAGGGAAAGCACGCGUCCGCCUACAGAUGACGCCAGUGGCUCCCUUCGUCAAGCAUGCAGCCGUCACCUUUGUCGGUGCACCCAAGCUCGAGAUUUCUGCCAAGCCUCUAGGCAAGAAGAUGGUCAUUGAUGCCAUGAACUUGCCGCUCAUGUCCUCUUAUGUGCUGCAUGCAGUCGAGGAUGUCAUCAAGGGCUUCAUCGCACCGCUCUCCUACACGAUUGACGUCGCUGCUCUGCUUGGCGCUGGUGACGGACCUCAGGAUGUUUACUCGCUCGGUGUCAUUUGCUUUGUGAUCCAUCGAGCAGACCAUCUACCUGCCUCGGAUAACAACGGGCAGAGCGAUCCCUUCGUGCAGGCUUCUUUCGCACGAGCUGGCAAACCGCUCUUCACUUCGCGUAUCGUCCGCAAGAGGCGGGACGCUAUUUGGCAGGAGACUGGAUUCUUGCUCGUGUCACCUGACGAAGUGCGUGACCAUGACCUUCUGCGACUCACAGUGUUCGAUGCUGACCGCUUUUCUGCCGAUGAUCCUCUUGGCAAAGUCGAGAUCUCACUGCAUCGUCUCAUCCGCAAGUUCCGCCCCGACGCUGAGGCGCGUAGCACCAACUUGCUUGAGACAAGGACCGACAAGCUGUUACCCAUCAGGAAGGGGGCCUCUGUCCAGGGGACUCUCAAGUACAGCGUUGGCUUCUUUGGCCUUGCCCAUGCGCCCGGCACUGGACAUGCUCCAUCCCGACGCAAGCUGCUACGAGGCAUCACUAGCACGGCUGCCGACGAACACGCAUUCAUCGACCUUGUGUCCCCAGUCAACGGCAAACACAAGAGCGACGAUGACAAGAUGCUGCCUUCGGCCCCUGAACAGAAGCCGCUUACCACUGGACCUGGAGUGGACCCGGAUUUGAGCGCUUACAUGACUGGCUUUGACAAGUUUGUCCACGGCCUCGGUUUGCCAAUGGCUGAUGAUGUGCUCCGUAAGAGGCACGAUCGCAAGGAGCGCGUGCAGAAGCUCGUCACCAUGAUCGAGGGUGCGAAGCAGGCUACUGUGCAUCCACCCACCGCCGAGCUUCCAUCAGGUAUCCUAGCUUUCCACAUCCAUUCGAUCACUGGUCUAGAAGUGCCCACUACGCAGAAGUCGCUGGGAGGCGCAAAGCGGAUGUCGCAAAAGUCGAGGAAUAACCCGGCGCCCACGGAAGAGAGCCAAGCAGAGGGCGGCGCAGGUGGCAAGCUGCCGUCAUCGUACGUGCAGGUCUUCUUGAACGAUGAGGCCGUCUUCCGUACAAGAACCAAGGCACUGAACCCGCGUCCUUACAUCAAUGCAGGCAGUGAACGCUUCGUUGGCGACUGGACUACUGCCAGGCUUGACUUUACCGUUCGCGAUGCUCGAAUGCGCGAAGGCGAUCCGGUGCUUGGCUGCGUUGGGCUGCGCUUGGCCGAUGUGCUGACGCAAAGUAGUCGCUCCACGGGUUGGUACACACUCACGGGUGGAUUGGGCUACGGCAAGAUCCGCAUCACGCUCUUGUUUCGAAGCAUUGAGCUUUCCAUCCCGCGUCCUCUCCGUGGCUGGAAUGUCGGUAUUGUCGAGAUCGCCAGUAUCAGAGUCACGGGAGUACCGCAGACUUUGCUCGAGAAGAAGGCGUGUCAUCUGAGCCUGGAAACCGUGGGAGGCAAGACAAGCACGGACGAUACUGAGCCAGUGGAGAAUUACGAGUCUGGUAUGGGCGCUGAUGCUACGGUAAGCUACGAGUGGCCGCUCAAAGAGACCAUUCGCCUUCCUGUGCGUCAAAGAUAUCCCAACUCGCUUCAUAUCAGCCUUCGCACCGACUCACGCAUGCCUGGCCGACACCAUCACCAUGCAUGGGCAUUCGUACCGCUCAACAGGAUCUCGGAUGAGAUGCGCAUCAAACGUCGCUUGCGUCUCUUCGAAACAGCGGAUUGGGACAAGGUGGAGCAAGAGGUGUUGCGCGCUGUCAGUGAGCCCAAGUUGCUGCAGAAUGCUGAGGAAGGAGGCGCACAAGCAAAGCUGCUACCUGUACUCGAAGAGCUCUGCCUCAAUGGUGCAGCCGAGAUCUCGGACGAAGCGCUACGAAGUGCACAGCUGCGAGCGGUGGGCUGGGUCGAGAUCGACAUGAUCUUCCAUCGAGGUAUUGCACCAGAGCAUCGCACAUGCACUGCAGGUGAUGCCGAGAUGCGAUUCGCAUAUGAGACCUACAUGACACUGCAAGAUGCCGGUGAACGAGCACGCCCACGUUCGCUUGCGGCCGGAAAGCUACGCCAGCCCAGCAAAGCUUGUAAACUGACAGUCGCCACAGGUGAAUCUUCAGGACAAGCAUCUCGACCCGGCCUUUUGUGGGAUGCCUCAGCUCAAGGUGGAAUGGUGGAAGAGCCAAGCGAGCUAGGUGAAGACAAUCAAGACGAGGAGUCACUCUACGGUCUGUCCCUUACGGAGACGGAGCUAGAUCGAAUGGCAGAAGAAGAUGCGGAUUCAGAUAGUCCAGAAGGACGACGUGCGAGAGCAAGAGCUUUGCAUCGACAUCAGCGAGGUGCGGCACAGAUCAAAGGUUUUAGGACGUUGACAUGGAUCAAGACGAACGCAGAGGAUAGUGUUGCGAAGGUCAAGAGACAGUUUGGAAAACAAUCCAAGAGGAUGGGUAAGAUGGAGGCCGAGGGGAUUUCACAUUUCUAA